AUGGAAUUUGAUGAUCUUUCAGAUUAUGACCCAAUGAGUAUUAGUGAUAUUUUUAGCUAAACAGUGCAACCUAGAUAAAUUAAGAAAAAGUGGAAAUAUCCAUUGAAUUAUUAUUGUUUGAAACAUAAAUCUAAAUUCACAUAUAGGUGCCUUUCGUGUGAUGAAAAUUUUUGCGAUAUUUGCUCAAACAAGUUUCAUGCAGACCAUGAUAUCGAAGAUAUAGGCUUAAAGUAAAAAGAAAAGUACAUGAAUUAUGCACUUGAUUUCCGUAUAAACAAUGUAUACUGUGUCUCAAAUGUGGUAUCGUAUGUUCAUAAUAAAACUAAAAAGACAAUGCUAUUAUUUUUCACUGCUCACAAGUAAAAAAUAUGUGAGCUAGAUUUGGAAACAAGAUAAAUUACAAGACAGGUAAAUUAAGGUAAAUGCUUCAAUCAGUUGAUUGUUAUUGAUAACAAAACUUUACUUGCAGGUUCUGUUUUUGGUUGCAUCAAGCUUUUCAAUAUAUCAAAUAUGAAAUAAACUUACUAGUAUUAAUAGAAAUAAUAUAUCAAGUAAAUUGUUUAUUUUGAAAAGUAUAAAAUAAUUGCUAUGCUAAAUGAUGGCGAAGAUUCUGUUGUUUUGCUAAAUGAAAAACUUAAAAUAAUAAGGAUAAUCGUAAGCCCUAUAAGAGGAUGCUAUUUUAAUUAGAUAGAAAAGCUAAACGAUAUUCAUUUAUUUACCUGUUCUGAUAUAUAUACUCCUAUCCUCAAAUGGGAUAUUAGAAAUGGUUAGUUAAUUUAAUCUUUUAACAAGCAAAGCAUGGGAAUACAAUAAAUAAAAACACUAAAUCUAAAUAGAGUAAUCACAAUUAGUCUAAGCUAUAGUAUGGUGUUGAGAGAUGCUUAGCUGAAUAAAAUCAGUACUAUUACUAAUAAAUAUAAUAUGAUAGAUUUUAUUGAUAUGUAUAACUAGUAAACUAUUGCGUUUACAAAUAAUCUUAACUAAUAAAUUACCAUCUUUAACUUAGUCAAAUCUAAAUUACUUUAAAAUAUUACCUUGCCCACAAAUGAAAACUAAAUAACAGGACUCAAAAUAGUAAAUAACUAAAUAAUUGCCUCUGGAAAAGAUCUUUAUAUUUAUACCAACAGACCUGUUUAAAUUUCAUCUUUUAACUCGUAAAUUUGA